UUCCAUUAUUUAGACUUACUUUCGUCUUCCUAAGGAUCCAAACAUAAUGUAUAUACAGGAAGCUAUAUAAUAUAUUGUUUGGUAUGGGUUUGUUCGUUUAGCGAGUUUGUUUGGCAUUUGUUGAUUUGUUUUGAAUUAGGGUUAUGUAAAGUUUUAGAGAUAAAAUGUCAACAGUUUCAGUAUUUUGUUGUUUAAGACGUUGUUUAGAUGGAAUCAAAUAUCAGAGCAACAUACCAAGUGGUCCCAGGGAAAAUCCUAUACAUCUAGACACCGCUUUCAUGGGAUAUGAAGUAGUCAUUGUAAAAGGGGGCUUCAGGACCUGUGGGGCAGGUGCUGUUUUAGGAAACGCCCCACUGGUUCAGUCAAAAUCCUAUUUUGAAGUCAAAGUACAACAAGGUGGAACAUGGUCAGUAGGACUAGCUACAAGACAGACUGAUUUAAGUUUAACACAAGGUGGAAUGGAUGAAUAUUCAUGGGCACUUUGUGAUGACCACACAAUAAGGCACAACAAAGAAGAUUUGUACAAAAUAAAAGUUGCUAAAGAUGAUGGUGAUACAGAAGGUAUACAAAAAUUGCAAGAAGGUGAUAUCAUAGGCGUAUCAUAUGACCAUAUCCAGCUCAAAUUUUUUGUCAAUGGCAAGGAAGUUGACUAUGCAGUUACUAGUGUUAAGGGAACUGUAUAUCCUGCAUUAUAUGUUGAUGAUGGUGCUAUCCUGGACAUAGUCCUGGACAACUUCAAUUUCUCACCUCCCUCUGGUUUUGAGAAAAUCAUGCUUGAGCAAUCACUCCUUUAAUUUUAAGCUAACACAUCUCUCUAAAGUGGAACAAAUGUUAUUUACCAUUAUUUAUUUUUUAUAUGAUAAUUCUAUGUAAUUUUUAAUUUUUAGAUAUAUCCUAUCAUUAUGUUUUGAUGGAUAUGUUAGGACAACAGUGUAAAAAUGGAUCUGUACUAAAACUGUAAAUAAUCCAUCCAAGUAUAUACAUAUGUAUCACAUUGUUUAAUAAUGUGAAUCAUCUAUUGUGAUCAAAAUAAAUAUUAAGCUAACAUUAGUUCCUUUACUUCACUGUUGAUUUUGAAUCUGCUCUAUCAAACUUCUGUUUCUUGUAUUUUGAACAAGUUACAACAGCUAUAAAAUAUAUGCUGAUUUCAUUUUAAAUAACA